AUUUUACUGAAGAAAAAAGGGGUGUCAACUGGAACGAAAGCAACAAACUGGAGCACAUUUUCACCGACUGACUCAUACACUUAAAAACUUAAUGCGUGUAAGGUAACUGAAAACAGCACGGCGUUUGAGCAAACAUUUAUUUAACGCUCAGAAAAGAAGGCGUUAAGCGCCGCGCGGAGCCUUCUGGGAACUAUUUUGAGCGAUGACUCCACUGAAUCGAAUCGUGAAGGCGAACCGACUCUCUGAAUCAAUCGAACGUUCCUGCAGCCUGCAGCCUCGGGAGCGCGCAGGGGAGGUAGUGUGGCGCAUGCGCAGUGCGGCGAUGGGGAUUUCCAGCGGAACAUGAAGGAGCAGGAUGCAAACUCUCACACAUUUCUCUCAGUUGGAUCUAGAGAUGCACCGAUUGACCGGCCAGGGACCGGAAUCAGACGAUUUUCCGUGUGACCUUCCCAGACCGGGGAUCAUGGGUCGGUCAGCCUCACCCCGUGCCAAUUCUGAGCUGGCCCGUUUCGAUGUCACAUCUGCACCCAUACACAUCAGCUGGCAGCAUUGGACAUGGUGUUUUUAAUGUGUGCUCCUCUCCACAAACCCUGAUCUUCAAAUGCUGCAGGGGGGGGAAGCCUGGCAGUGAGGGCUUAAUACAUUGAGGACUCUCCAUCCAGCUCCCAAAUCAACCACCUUCUCAUGUCAUGUUCCUCCUUUUGAGGUCUUUUGGCUAAUGAGCAACCCAGAGAUGCCCAUUACAAGCCCUGGGCAAGGCGUACGCCCAAAUUAAACCAAGCACAUCUUCACUUUCAUUAUUCCAAAUUGCUCGUAGGAGGAUGGCCGCAGCUUGCUGAUUGUCCCCCGUCACACUGCACCGUGUGAGGACUUGAGAUGGCAAGGAGUCGCGUUUAAAAGAAACUGCUGGAUUGUAGGAUAAGAGGUUGCAUGCUACGCAGCCCACUGCCACCGAUGGAUGCCAAGUUGCGAGAAGAUCUAUUCCGCAGGUAUGUGGCAUCUUUGGAGAAUCGGCUUGAGGAGGCGGCCGCUGAAGGAGAUCGACAAGGAGCCAAGACUGAGGAGGCACUGAUAUCUACUGCAACAGCACUGUUGGGCUCGUACCAGCUGGAUCCAGGGCAGCGCUUCCGCAUGGUUCGCUUCUACGAAACUGCGGAGAACUCCCUGAGGACUCAGAGGAGCGCAAACUUGCGGACAUUGGAGACGGCCUUUGCGACGCUGGAAACCAUCUGUACCAACUUACUGCUCUUUCCCUGGAAGAAAGAGUUCCGCUGCAUUAAAACCUUCACAGGGCCGUACGUGUACCAGUUGCGGUCGGUGAUAUGUGACGCAGACCUGCGUUCGCUGCUGCGCUCCAUGGGCUACUCAAGAGACCAGGAGCUGCAGUACCAUGUUCGGGACCAUCCAGGUGGAGCCUCGCACCUCCGGCAGCUGGCCUUCGAGCUGCUCCUGGCCCAGGCUGAGUGCCGUCUGCUCGGCGAGGUGGUGUCCAUGUCUCGGGGCUUUGCCUCGGAGCUGGAGGCUGUGGAGGUGAGGAGGAACACCAGAGAAGAUGCUGCAGGGUGCGCUGAUGCCCUCCGCCGACGGGACAGCCUUACAGGAGACUUGUCCCGCCUGUCGGUGCGGCCGCUGGACAUGGACCGUGCCCAUCUAAGGCGAAGCGGUCGGCCGUCCAAGUCGGUGGAUGUAACAGACAGCGCAGGACACUGGCACCAAGCCAGCAAGCCAGUGCUGAAGGCCUCGCUCAGCCUGCGCAAGGAGCCACUGUUCGUCGACACAGAAGAAGACCUGAAGGAUGAAAUCCUCCGCCCGAGCCCUUCGCUGUACCCUGUGGCCGCGCCGCCCUCUUACAGCCCAGUGGCUGACUUCUUCCCGAUUCAGUCGCCCCCGUCUGAGCCAUACUCCUACCACUUGUCCUCCCUGGAUGAGGUGGACUUGUACACUGAGCGGGGUCUGGGCGGCCACCAGGCGCCCUCAAGACCACAGAGCCGGGAGCCUCGAGAGUCCCGGGACAGUUGGGUCCUGAAGGGGCAUGUGAUGAAGUGCCAGGGCUGUGGCAUGGGCUGUCCUUCGCUCUCCUCUUGCCAGAGGUGCGACAUGAUCUUGUGUUCGUCCUGCCACGCCGUGGACCCGGCGCCUUGUUGUGGCUUCCAGGAUUACUCGAAAACUUCCCGCCCUUUGGACGGCUACAUGCCCAUCAAGGAGAAGCUGUCGGUGUACUCCAACGCCCACUCGCACACUCACCCUCACCCUCUUCCCCAUGCUCAGUCCCACUCGCUGUUGCUGGACAAAGCUGUGAUGAGCACCAAGCUGUUUCCCGGUAAGGCGCUGGGUUCGGGCAGCAGUCCGGUGGUGGGCUCCAUCAGCAGCGGGGGCGAGCGGAUGAGUGUGGGCGGCUCCCGCUGUGGCUUCUGCAACAAGCCAGGCGCCUCUCACACCUGUGUCAACUGCUCCAAGGUGUCAUGUGACAUGUGCACGGGCCUCUACGGCAGUGACGUGUGUACCCGCAAAAACCCUCAUCAUAACUUUGUGCCCAAUCAUCAGCUCAAUUUCAAGUCCAGCACCAUAUCCCACCUCGUGUACCGAUAGACCAGGAACACAUGCGCACUACACCUCUUUUAUCUCUGCUGUUUCCACCCUUGACUUUUUUUAGUUAACUUUUCCCGCUUUCUUUCUAAGUUGGCAGUUGUUUGGUUUUGGUCAUGUGAUCUUGCUGUGCAUUUCCUAACCCUCAGUAGCUCUACUUUAUAAAAAAAAAAAGCAGUUUGACCGGAUAUUUCCAUUCUGUAUCAGUGUUUGAUAACUAGAGAAAUAACCAUGCAGCACAUAGAAACUGUGAAUGACUUGCAGAGACUCCACCCUGGAACUGAAUCGGGUAAGUGGGAACUUCUCAAACUUGAACAAAUAAAUAAAUUACACUGGAAGUAAAUAAUAUAUAUUUUGAAUUGUGAAUCUAUAGAUCUAUGUAGACUAUCGCUCUCAUGGUGGGGUGGUUUCCUAGUUGAAUGGGACUUGUAGUUGCUGUUGAGUCACUGUAUCGAGUCCUCUGACGAGAAAUGCCUUGUGGGUUUAUUAACCCCUAAGAAGUUAGCCUACACUGAUCAAAAUGCUGCUGUUGAAGUAACCCAGGAGGGAGCGCUCCUGGCCUCUGACAUGCUUUGCAAACACCGUGAAGCUCUUCUAGUUGAACUCCAUGCACAUACUGAAUGAUUAUGUCAGUAGAUAUUUGAUUUCCUCUGUCCAGGUUUCCUUUACAAGGAGCCUGUUAAAAAAUAUUGUAAUAUAUGUCAAGGACAUUGAAAUGGAGAAUAAUUUAAUAUUUUGCUAUGCUGACUGUCAUUAGAAACAAGUAUUUUUUUGUUAAUUUAUUGUACAAUACAUGUAUGAUUAUGUGUACGCACACCAUGAUAAACUAAAGUGUUACAACUGGGUGAAUGUCACAAAUUACUUAUUGGGACAUAUUUUACCCCACAAUCCAAUGAAGAUACAAUAUUUUACAUUAAA